UUAGAAAAUUUUGUCUAUGAAGCGAGUUUAUUGAAAUCUAUAAAGUACGAAAACAUCACCGGUUUCAUUGGUGUUAGUUUUUCGCAAGAACCUUUUUAUAUCUUAACUGAAUAUACGCAUUACGGAAAGUUAAGAACCUGCCUGCUGAACAAAACUUUACCAAACCCGCAGAUCGUAUCAAUUAAAACUAUUUGCCUUCAGAUAAUAAAUGCGGCAAUUUACUUAGAACGGAGAAAUUUUAUAAUUCACAGGAAUAUAUCGACUUCUUCUCUUUACGUCACGGACAGUUUCGUAAUUAAACUUGGUGAUUUCGACAAGGCCCGCCUGACUAGGCAGGACACAUUCACUGCAGAAGAUGACGAACAGCUGGAUGUAACAUAUGCCUCGCCAGAAGUGAUGGAAAGGCUCAAGUACAGCACCAAAUCCGACAUUUGGUCGCUGGGAUUGACACUUUGGGAAGUUUUUAGCGGUGGAGCUCUACCCCAUCAAGAAAAAUGUAACCAGGAAAUAAUCGCUUUUACAAUGACCAGCCUCAAGUUGGACAGACCGAGCACAUGCGACGAGUUGACUUACGAAAUAAUAAACAAAUGUUGGGAGUUCGAGGCUGGCAAAAGAACCACGCUG